AUGUUGCUACUUUACGGCCCGGCUUCUCCAUACAACUGUUCUGAGACAUUGAAGCGGUUGCGAGAUGUGAAUGCUAACAAUAGCGACCACCUUAUUCAGAAUGAAAUUCGCCUCAUUGCGGAGGCUAAACAGUGGAAACUAAAGCAGAAAGAUAUAGUGCUGAUGCCGUUAGUGAGGAGUCCCUUACUGAUUGCUAACGCUCCAAUUCUCUCACAGCCUGUCAUACUUUCACCGCUGGUGUUGUCUCCUUCGAUUCUCACUCCUGCUGUGUUGGGUCCUGUGAUUUUGGGUCCUUGGGUGUUCGUCCCAGUAAUCUUAUCUCCUCGUCUAUUAUCGCCACUGAUCGUCAAUCCACUAAUCUUUUCGCCGAUUAUCCUCUCUCCUCUUGUUCUGCAUCCGCUCAUUCUUGCACCAGGGAUUUUCAACCCCCUCAUUCUCUCGCCGCUACUGCUGUCACCCUUUAUCUUGUCACCCCAGGUUUUCACACCCGUUAUACUCUCUCCGUUCGUCUUGAAUCCAUUUAUUCUGACGCCUGGUGUUGGAACUCCACUGAUUCUAUCACCAUUUGUGCUCUCUCCGAUUAUUCUAUCACCACAAGUAAUCUUUGGAGUAAUACUAUCUCCUUAUGUCUUGUCUCCAUUGGUUUUAACGAAGCUUUACAUAAGUACAGUUGUUGCGUCGCCAAGUUGGCUCAGUUAA